AUGGCUUCUGCUGACAAUCCACGUCUCCCAUUAACAUCUGCCACUUCUCAUAUCGUCAGGUAUACGGAAAUGCGAAAUCCAACGGACUCACCUUCGACAAAUAUCACCAUUACAACUGGACGCGAUUCGCCAUCAACAGAAGUUCAGCGAAUGAAUAAACAAGGCAAUUCAACACUGAAUUCCUAUGAACUUCGCCGAAUUCCAACUCAACAACGACGAUUUGUUAAGAAAACUUUGAUGGGCAAUGUUGGGUAUCGUUUAGCACGACGAAAAGAAUUACAUAUCGAACGACGAAGAAUCAAUGAUCUUAUGUGCUUUCUCGGUCUGCUAGGUAUUUUCUUAAUGAUCAUUGAAAACGAAGUGACAUUCAAUCGUUUUGAUCACAAAGAUACCACAUUUAGCUUACUUAUAAAAUCAACUAUUACAUUUACGACAAUCGUUCUCGUUGGUCUCGUGUUUUAUUACCACCGAAUUGAUUUAAGUCUCUAUUGUGUGGAUAAUUCAAUCGAUGAUUGGCGUAUUGCAUUAACACGUACAAAAAUACUCUCAAUNCAUUCGUCAAAUAGAUGA